AUGUUGCUGCCUACUGCUGUCAUUAUUCUUGUCCUGCUUGCUCUGGUCUGCACAGCAUGGCUGAAAAAGGCCACCAAGGUGCAAUCCCUUCUGCCGCCUGGUCCUUCCCCACUUCCACUCAUAGGUAACAUUCACCAUAUAACUCCUGGAAAGUUCCUGGUCUCACUCCAAAAGUUUCAGGAAAAAUAUGGACCAGUGUUUACUAUAUACAUUGGAUCUAAGCCAACAGUGGUGCUUUGCGGAUAUGAUUUACUGAAAGAGACCCUGAUAGACCAGAAAGAUGCAUUCAGUGGGAGGGGGAAGCCGUUUGACCCCACGUUCCUCUUUAGCUGUGCUGUAUCCAACAUUAUCUGCUCUAUCGUGUUUGGGAAGCAUUAUGAGUACAAGGAUGAGCGUUUUUUGACCCUGCUGAGAAAUAUCAAUGGAACUCUGCGCUUCAUGAACUCUUCAUGGGGUCUAAUUUUUUACUACUUCCAUGGGCUUCUGAUCAAUGUUCCUGGGCCCCACCAGCAAGGUGUGCACUGUCUGACAGAUCUUAAAUCAUUUGUCAAGGAGAGGGUGAAAAGCAGCUUGAAGACCCUGGAUGUCCUCUCUCCCCGGCACUUUAUUGACUGUUUUCUGAUUAAGAUGCAGCAGGAUAAGGAGAAUCCAGACACAGAGUUCCACAUGGAGAAUCUUGUGUCAUCUACAUUAAAUUUGUUCACUGCUGGGACAGAGACCGUCAGCACCACACUCCGAUAUGGCUGCCUCGUUCUACUCAAAUACCAAGAUAUUCAAGGGAAGAUCCAGAAGGAGAUAGACCAGGUAAUAGGUGAUAAGUGUCCAUCAGCAGAAGACCGAUUCAAGAUGCCUUAUACUGAAGCUGUAAUCCAUGAGAUCCAGAGAUUCAGUGAUAUUGUCCCCACUGGGCUGCCCCACCGCACAACAGAGGAGACCUCAGUCCGAGGCUACGUUAUACCCAAGGACAUGGAUGUGCUCCCCUUGCUGACAACUGUACUGAAGGAUCCUAAAUACUUUCCCCAGCCGGAGAUGUUCUCCCCAGAACGGUUCUUGGAUGAUCAGGGGGCGCUAAAGAAGGGACUGGCUGUGCUGCCUUUCUCUGCAGGGAGGCGGCAGUGCCCAGGAGAAGGUCUGGCCCGCAUGGAGCUGUUUCUCUUUCUCACGAUUCUCCUUCAGAAGUUCACCCUGACCACACCGGUGUCUCCCGAGGACUUGGACUUAACCCCUGAAACAAGCAGCGCUGGACACUUUCCCCGAUACUACAAGAUGUCUGCUAUACCACGUCAUUAG